UACCUUUGAACCUAGGUCCUGUUUUGGGAGUGCCUGGCAUUGUAUCGAGCGGGCGCUGUCUUAGCCCUCCCACGUGCAACAUAUCUGCGGAUAUGCUCGAAAUGGAGUUGUUUCAAGAGGAGCUUCUGGCGGGAGGCGUCCACAGUGCACACGGUCCUAACGGGAUACCCGGAGAGACUGACGUGAUUGCCGCACGUUUCAUUGCUGUCGCCCAAGCCGAGGAGACAUCCCUUCGUCUCGGGAAAGUUGGCCAUUCCAUGCGGAGGCAUGCUACAGAGCCUGGCCCCGAGGCCUUUGCCGGUCGUAUUGCAAAGUCACUUUCUGUCGGAGAUCUGGUGGCUCGUGGAUGAUCUCUAUGGCAGCUCCCCUCCAGCAAUGACAGCGGCUGAACUCCGGGGGAAUGUCUUGUUGUACGAAACUGAGUCUGAGUUCGGGAUGAGUGAUGGUCGAUCGUCGUCUUGCACUUCUAGUCAGGGGGAUUCGAUUUUCAGUGAUGGUACUGCAGCGUCAACGCCUGCUUCCACUCCGACACAAUCGAUUUGUGAUCCGACAUGCCUUAGUAAGGACUAUAUCCCAUCACCCGCUGCGCCUCGGCUUUUGGAGCCUGUACUACCAACGUCCAGUGUUGUUGGAGCGUUUCGCGUCCCUCGCACACCCUUACCGCGUAUGGUGAUUCCUGCAUCCGCCGAUGCCGUCGGAUGGUUUCCGCCACCGCAUCUCGUCCACAAAAUGUCGGUUUACACACCCCCAACCGAGUAUCGUCUCCUUCCGCAGGUAACCCCACCCGUGACCUUAGCAAAGCCAGUGCAGUCUUUUGCAGGAUCAUCAUUGUCGUCGUCGAUAUCGUCUCACAGUGCCCAUGUAAACACUCCAGGAGACUCGUCAGAGUCGCAAUUGACACCUGGACCUGCCCUCCAUGAUUUCCCAUCAUCUACGGGGUAUGCGGUGAUGGUAGGUUAGGACAGAACCACAGCCAUCCUGGCUAUGGUUUGAGUCGAGAUCGUGAUCACGAUCCCUCGGUGAGACCGAGACGACUCAACUACAAUCGCCAAGGCGCAGCACGCCAAGGGACGCUGUCCUUCGGUGUGAAGUCCUGUCAAGGAUGGUGUGGAUGACAGGUAGGUCAAGUGUUGUACAUAUCACUCCGGAGGCACAUAUUGUUCGAAAAUGCCAGCCACGCACGCAUUGUCCGUAUACUAUGUCUUUGCUCUCGAGUUGCCUUUUGCCCUUCACGCCAUCGCGAGCUCGUCAUUUCGAUGACUUGGCUUAUCG